AUGCAGUACCAGCCCGUCCUCGAUGAGUUCUCCGCUCCUUCCGCGUCGUCCUACACCGGCAGCUCCGGUCUCGCCGUCGCCAAAGCUCGACGGAGGUGCUUCAUCUGGCUCGCGCUCGUCUCGCUCGCUGCGACGCUUUCCGUGCCGUUUGGGCAGUUGAGCGGAGACGCAUCGGCACUCGUCAAGGCUUGGAGGACGCAGGGCGGCUAUUGUCAGGAUGCGUACAAUCGGCCGGGAUACAUCUAUCGCGGCGAAGGACCGACCGACAUCCGUUGGAUCCCCUACGACGAGUCCGACUUCGACUUGAACCCAGUUACGCUCGAAAACGUCCUCGAGCCGCCGCUCGAGAAACUCGUCAACGCCCCGCCUUCGUUCAAUACCUGGAUCCGCGACGCCCCUGACCUUGAGAAUGCCCCGGAGCUUGACUUCAUGCGUGGUCGAACGGUCGUGAUGGUCGGAGACAGCCACGACCGACGGAACAUCGAGGGUUUCUGUGCGCAUCAUGUGGCUGCUGGAGGCGUCGUUAACUCGAAGGGCGGGCAUGUCGCGACGAGCUGUCACUUGCCGGCGCUCAAUUUUACGAUGGCAUCGUGGUUUCACUACGGUUUGGCAGAGCCGAGCGAGGAUUGGUACAUGUCGAACCUCUCUCCCGUCGACAACCCUCCGCCGUACUUCCUCGAGGACCGCAUAGAUUCGGUCUUCGUCCCCGACAUGCUCGACAUCGGCCAGCCCGACCUGAUUAUCCUCAACUCGAUCUAUUGGGACCUCCGCUACGUCGUCUACAAAGCCUCGCACGAGGGUUGGGCGUGGCAGUUGAAGAGGGUCACGAGGCCGAUGACUUGGAGGGAGCUCGAGUGGCACAGGCGGAGGUUGAGAAUAAUGGUGGAACUCUUUCGGGAGAGGUUUCCAGGAGUACCGCUCAUGUUCCGGCUGGGCCACCCGCGAGCGAACAACGAGCACAACGGCAAUGUCGCGAUCUACCAGAUGAACGAGAGCGCAAGAGCCAUGAUGGCUCGUCUGGGCGUUCCCAUCUUUCCCUGGGGUUCGCUGCUCGAAGGCGAGACAGACUACUCGGACGUCAUGCACGUCAAGCCCGUCAGCCAGCCGACCUAUCUCUUCAGCGACAUGGCGCUGUAUUACCUGCGACGAGCGGUCAACGGGUGGAACAAGUGCUGA